AGGAGCAGAGUUUAGAGGGAGCCGUUCCGCCAUUGAUUGACAUCACCUACGAUCCUCUGAUCUUCUCCGGCAGCUCGCGAUUUCGCCAUCUAUAAUAUUUACACGACGGGAAAUCAUAGAGAUCCAUCUCUAUUCGACGACCGACAUCGUUUAACACCUCGGUCAUGAAGUCGUCCGAUUAAUCCGACCGUCGAAUUACACUUCGUUGUUGUUUUUUUAUAUUUAUUUUUGUUAUAUUAUUUUUUUUUAUCGCCUUGCCUAAACUGGCCGAGUGUGAACUAUCAAACACCACAGGAUAAGGCUGAAGACCUUUCCUCCUUUUUUACUUUAGUUGUUUUUUUUUUACAAAGACUAUUCAUUGCAUGAUGUGCAGUUGUGCUGUCGAUCCAAGAUCAGGGAAAUAUGAGGGACACUAAAAUAACAUGGGCUGAGAUGCAAGAAAACACAAUUGCAAUGGUUUCCUAUCCAGAUAACAUUGUUGGUUCACAAGCUGGCAUUGUUCAGGACCAGGCAGUUUUUGAAGCAGACAAACGGGCUGUUUACAAGCACCCGUUAUUCCCCCUGCUGGCUCUUCUUUUUGAACGAUGCGAACAGGCUACACAAUUAGCCGAGACCCCAAAUUCGGAAAACUUCAACAUGGACAUCCAGGCUUUUGUCCAACACCAGGAAAGGGAUCACAAGCCAUUUCUAGUCAACGAUGCUGAAAUCGACGGACUGAUGAUCAAAGCUAUUCAGGUACUCAGAAUCCAUCUUCUUGAACUGGAAAAAGUGCAAGAACUUUGCAAAGAUUUUUGCAACCGUUACAUCACUGCUCUUAAAGGAAAGAUGCAAAGUGAGAAUCUCCUCAGAUCAGAUUAUGCAGCUGGAUACCUUGAAAAUAACAACAACAACAGCAGUCAUUCAAGUGACAGCAACAGUCCUACUGUUUUCACGCCUCAUUCUCCCCAUAACAUUCAGGUGUCACCGGUGGGUUGGAGUGGACUUAUGGGUGUUGGGGGAGGUGGCAUGGGGGAUGCUGUUGCUCCACCCCUCUCUCCGGCAUGCCCACCCUCUCCAGGAAUACACGGGAGUACUCCUCUCUCUCAAAUUGGUGCUAAUCCCUGCCCUCCGCCUCAGGAGAGCAGUCUUCUCCAAGGUUCUCUAUCAGCGACGAGUGGAGGAUCUUGUGAUGAAGAUGAUGAUCCGCUUGGAUUAAGAAAGAAACAGAAAAGAGGAGUUCUCCCUAAACAAGCCACAAGCAUAAUGCGGACAUGGCUUUUUCAACACUUAGUUCACCCCUACCCCACUGAAGAUGAAAAAAGACAAAUAGCAGCUCAAACAGAACUUACACUAUUACAAGUUAACAAUUGGUUUAUAAAUGCAAGGCGUCGAAUUCUCCAACCUAUGCUCGAUGCUUCGACACCGUCAGAAUCUGCAGGCGCAGUGGCCAAUUCUAAACAGAGCAGUAGUUCGAGAAAAACAAAAUCUUGUAAUGGAACUAAAACUCCCCCACAUCGCUACUGGCCUGACAAUAUGUCGCGUUUGUCUUCCAUUGAUAAUACCCAAGAUGGAAGUUGUGAAGACUGGGAGAGUGGUUGUGAAGCGGAAGGAAGCGAUGGUACUGGUGUCCAGCAAAGUGAGGAGGAAUCUCAACAAUGACAGAGUUCUGAAAUAU